UUAACAAACAAGUUUCAUCGAAUCUUAUAAUCAUCUCUUCAAACAAAAAAAAAGAAAGAGAAUGGAAAGCAAAAGAGUGACCAUGAUGUUCAUUACACUAAUGAUAGUGAUGAUAAUGGGGAACUUUGUGGUUCAGGCAGAAGCUCAAGAGCAAGCUUAUCCUUUUAGAAGCUGUUUCCCAGGUUGUAUUGUGAGUUGUGCCAUUGAGAAGAAGUUUCCAACUGGUUUGAUGUGUCCAUUCACUUGUUUCAUGACUUGUCUUCCUCCUCCAACAUCAAAUACUCCUUCUCCUACGUCACAAAUGAUUUUGGCAAACGAAAUCGAUCAUACUGAUUAUUUCUGUAAAUUUGGUUGCGCUAUUCAUCAUUGUCUUGCUCUUUCUUCUCUCCAAAAUCCUAAUGUAGACAAAGUUGUGGACUGUGUGGAUUCAUGCUCAAACAGGUGCUCCGACAAGAACUAGAAGAGACUUUAUUAAAUGUCUUCUUAAGAUAAAAAUUCAAUGUCUAAGUAUCAAAAUAUAUGGGUUAGUGUAGUUUGUAUAACUACAAUAUUCAAUCCAAAUAAAUAUGUAUUUCCACAUUGAAAUUAUUUGUGUUACAAGCAAAUCAAUAGAUGAAAAUACUGAAAAAGUGAUAAAAAGAGAGGAUGUUUGAAAUUAUUGUGCCAAUUUAUAUAAUUGUAAUAUAUAUGAAUACCUGGUCUGGUUACUUUCCUCUACUGUAUGCAGUAGAAUCUAUCGACAAGAAUAACAAUAUAUCCCUACCAAGUUUGGUGCCUUCUUAGAAAGUCAGUUCUCAUUAAAAAAAAUUAGUGACCCUAAAUUCUUAAUAAAUAUAUUAAUGUAUAAAGUACAAGCCUAUUUGGUUUAAGGACAAGUCUGUGUAUUUUUUAACACAACCAAGUCUGAUUAUAGAUGAUACAAUUAUUGAUAGACACUCACUAUAUAUGACACUGAGCUCUCUUCAUUCCAAUAAUGGUGGAGCGUGUGUGUAAUAUAUGUUAGAUUUCUUUGUUUUUCUUUUCAUAUAGACUAUGUACUCAUCUUGUUCCAAAAAAAAAAAAAAAGAGUAUUUACUCAUCUACAUAACUCUCAGAUCCUGAUUACAAAUGGUAACUUGCAGUGGAAACUGCAGUGUUGGCUCUUAUAUAGGAUCUAAUAAUUUGCAUUCCAUUCACUUUCUACAACUUUGAUGCAAUUUAUACAGCAGUUGCCAAUAUGAUUACAUUUAACAAACAUUAAUUGAUUUAUUUCAAAUGGAUAAUAUCUAUUAUAUAAAUAUAAUAUAUAGUAUAAGUAUCUCAAGAAGAGAUUUUGCUUUAUAUGAUAUUUUUCUUUUCUUUUGUUACAAGCAAAUAAGUGAGUAAAACUGUGAACCCAAAAGUAUAUAGUAUAAGUAUCUCAAGAGGAUAUUUUGUUUUUUUUAUGAUGUUUUUCUUUUCUUUUGUUACAAGCAAAUAAGUGAGUAAAACUGUGAAGCCAAAAGUAUAUUCAGUUGUAAAAUAAUCAAUAGUUAUCUAUGAGUAGUUGUAUCAAGCACAUAACUUUCUUUUGGUUCAAUAUAUAUAAGCAAAUAAGUUUUUUUUUGCUAAAAACUUAAGCAAAUAAAUUAUAACAGCAGUAUACUAAAUUUUAAGAACAUGUGAUGAUUUUUACAUUUAAACUUGAAUAUUGAUACAUAUAUCUCCAGCAGAAGUGACAAGUUUUAAUUUAAAAUAUAUAUGGCAUAAUAUGGUAUGCAUGCACGUAAAUCAUUAUUUAUUUUAUGAGAGAUUGUAUGGAAUAUAUAUAACAAAGUAUAAUAUAUCUUACACAUAUUUUAAGUAAAAAUCAGACGGUUACUAAUGUAAAUUACUGCAUUUAAAUUUAAUAAAAUACAUGACCAUCAACAAAAAGUAUAUUUUUCAUACACAUUACCACAUGUUUUUUUGAAAACACUAUUAUACAGAUGCAUGAGACAUCAAAACAAGAAAAAAGAUUCAUGUCUUUAAGUAGACAUAUAUCUAAAACAGUUUGCACAUAUUUAUGUUAAUGAAUUUAGCUCACAAACGGAGAAUAAUAUAAUCACCAAAUGGGAAAAAAUCAAACAAUAAAUAUAAUACAUACAUUUCAAACACUAUUACACAGAUUCAUGAUACAUCAAAACAAGAAAAAAGUAGAUUCAUGUAUUUAUGUAGAUAUAUCUGAAAAUAGCUUGCACAUAUUUUGGUUAAUGCAAACUUUUACCUCACAAACAGAAUAAUAUAAUCCCAAAAUCGAAAAAAUAAAAUUAAA